AUGGUUAAAAAGUUCCUACCACUGACAUAUGCGUUGAUUCUUAGUUUUGCUAGCACAGCAUAUGCCAACAGCAUAACAUACGCUACCGGUCCAGCAAAAACUUCAACAAGCAACACAGCGGCAACAAAAUCAAGCACUGCAUCAUUUGUGCAAACCUCUCCUGCAUGGCUUUCUCAUGUUUCAGGCCCUGCCAACAUGCCCAAAGGCUUACCUCGUGAAGAAGACAUUAAAGCCGGACCGAUAAUACCUGGUUCAUUCAAGUUAGAUAUGACAAAGUACCCAGAACCUCUUAAACAACCCCCCAUCAACCAUCCUGAGGUUCAGGCUGUUAUCAAACAACUUGAUUUUGCUAAAAUUCCUAAAGCACCGACUAGGAAGAGGAAAGAAUGGUCUCCUGACUUGACUGGUUACGACGUUAACAAGGAUCCUGAUUGUUGGUGGACAGCUACUAUUUGUAAGAAGCCUAAAGUCAGCUACGUUCCCGAAGAUAUCUAUAUAUGCCCAAACAAAGGUGAUUGGGGUCUUAACUAUGAUGAUGGACCUUAUAAGAAAUGGUGGCCUACCUCUGAAAAGGAUAAAGAACACGAUCAACCCAGAUUCUACAACUACCUAAUUGCGAACGGCAAACAAAAAGCAACUUUAUUUUUUGUUGGUUCAAACGUUGUUUAUUAUCCCGAAGCCGCCCAAAGAGCUUUAAGUGAUGGACACACUCUUUGCUCACACACGUGGUCUCACCCUCUCAUGACAACCCUAACAAAUGAGGAGAUCGUAGCUCAAUUAUAUUGGACCCAAAGAGCUAUCAAAGAAACCACCGGCGUUACUCCUAAAUGCUGGCGCCCUCCUUACGGUGAUGUUGAUGACCGUGUACGUGCGAUUGCCUGGCAAAUGGGUAUGAGAACAUUCUUGUGGGAUCAAGAUACUUAUGAUUGGAACCUAGCGAACGGCGGCAUACAGCUCAGUCAAAUCGACCAAUCCUUCGAAAAGUGGAUACGUGAUAGAUUAGCGGGAAAUGACACAGAACAUGGACAUAUUACAUUGCAACACGAGAAUAACAAUCUUACAAUAGAGAUUUCCGAAAAAUGGCUGCCUAAACUUCAAAAAACACAUAGAGUAAUGCCGAUUCACCAAUGUAUUAAUGAUGCUUCUCCUUAUUGGGAACAAAGCUGGGUAUACCCAACACUUGAUAACCCUAAUCCACCAAGAUACAGUCUCAAUACACGUCCAAUCUUUAAAGCCAGUGCAAUGAGAAGCGUUGUGACAAAUGUUUUGCCCUACCUUUUCAUUUUGAUAACCGGCUUCCUUUUUCUCCAUUAA